AUGGAUAGAAACAGUGAUAGAGAUAGAAUAUUUAAAUCAGUAUUUGCAAACAAACUUUUAUUAAACAAUAUUUAUAACCAAGUUCAUUUUAUAUAUGUUAAAAAAAAGGUUCGAACGAUACCAUGGAAUGAAGUUUUACAUUCACCGAUGACUCUAAUGUCAUAUGGGUACCUUAGAGAGUUGAAGCAUCUGUUAGAUUCUACUGAGAUGUUUUGUAGUUUCGCAACGGUUGAUCGCUUUUUUAGCGCUGGUAGAUUGGAUAUCGUCGAGUAUCUCUAUCCAAUGAUCACUGAGAUUCCGUCAAGCUCUGUAAAAGACGAGAUUGGCCAAUGUGCCGCCAAAUGUGAGCACUCAUCCAAAGCUUUAGAUAUAGUCAAAUUUCUACACAAACACGAAUAUAUCAAUAGCAUCGCAAAGCUAGUAGAGUCUUUCAGUUUGAAAAAGAACUUUGAAGUUGCCAACUACUUUUAUUCCGUAGAACGAGUCAUUCUGAGUUUAACUGUCACACCAACAACAAUAGAUAUGUUUGCAAAGCACGGAGAGUUUGAACUACUAAAGAAACUACGUUACAGCGGUUUAGAUAAUUCGGUAGACUAUGCAGCUAGUGGUGGUCAUUUGGAAAUCGUAAAGUAUUUGACAGAAAACAAGAGAGGUGGAUGCACAAAACCCAUGGAUUUAGCUGCGCAAAGAGGACAUCUCCAUGUCGUUAGAUAUUUACACGAGCAUCGAAGUGAAGGAUGUACAACUUUGGCGAUGGACGAUGCGGCUAAAGGAAAUCAUUGGGAGGUGGUGCAGUUCUUGCAUGAGAAUCGCACUGAAGGGUGUAGUGUUGGAGCAAUUAGGAAAUCUGCAAAAUAUGGUCAUUUCAGUAUGGUGAAGUGGUUGAGUGAGAAUCGCAGUGAAGGAUUUACAGGAAAAGCAAUCAAUCAAGCUGCAUUGAAUGGUCAUUUUGAAAUUGCUGUUUAUCUAUACGAUCUUCACCCUGAGAAGAGUUGGAAUGCGGUGUCAGCAUUGAUUUCAGCAGCCAAAGGAGGACACAUUGAAAUAGUUCGGUACUUCUUUUCUAAAGCCACAAAUUUCAAUCAAUCCAUUAAGCAAGUCCUCACGUUCAAUAAUCAAGAGAUCAAUCAACUUCUAUUCAGAGAACAUUCUGAUAUCCAAUUUACCUUUACACGUGGCCAAAUCGAAAAUUUUAUUCAACUUGGCAAUUUGGAUGCAAUCAAAAUAAUUCAUGAGAGACUGCCACAGGCAUUCAAUGGACAUUCGAUUAUUCUGGCGAUAGAAUAUAAACAUCUCGACAUUCUUCAAUUUCUCUAUGAAAACUGUAGAUACAUUGAAUAUUAUCAAUCAACUUUAACGAAAGCAAUCAUGACAAACAAAAUCGACAUUGUCAGAUAUGUUUUGUCAAUGGAGAUCGAUGUUAUUCAAAACAUUACAAAUGCACACAGUAUCAAAGAACUUCAUGAAGUUAUAGCUGCACGACUUAAGUAUUCGCAAUCACAUGUCGGUAUUUUCCAAUUGUUGGUCGACAAAUACCCUCAGCAAUUGAACACUUAUAAAUUCGUUGGAUUUUGCGAAAUGGAAUUGGUAAUACCAAUACACCGAAUGGGAUUAAAGGUACUAAAUAAGAAUACUAUGUAUAGAGCAAUUGGAUCAGGUCGUCUCGAUUUAGUUAAAUAUAUCUAUGACAACCGUUCGGAAUACACAAACGUUAAUUACAUCGAUGUUUCAGGAGCGUUGGAGCAAGCCAUAUUCCACUUUCCAAUAUUUCUAUAUCUUUAUCCAAAGUGUCCAUCUUCCUACAAUUUCCAAAGUGCUUUGAUACGUGCCGCCGAGAAGGGAUCAUUACAGGUUGUAAAAUAUUUCCAUGAGAAUCAUCCGGAUGAUAUUUUUUCGACAAAGAUCAUGGAUGUGUGUGCUGGUUCAGGUUCUUUUGAAGUUUUAAAAUUCCUCCAUUUUAAUAGAACCGAAGGUUGUUCUUCUGCUGCGAUUGAUAACGCUGCUGUACAUGGCAAGCUGGAAAUUCUACAGUUUCUUCAUGCCAACAGAACAGAGGGAUAUACGAUGAAAGCCAUCAAAUGUCACUCUAGUUUAUGUAGAGAUUGGAUUCAAAAAAAUCUUAAACUAAUAUAA